UUCUCCCACAGGUAGGCGGGCAAUCCUUACAGGAUUUAGGCAGGAGGUAGAAAGGAUUAGUGAGAGUGAGGACAGCAACAGAAGAGUGGCUGAACUAUGAGUGUCUCUGCUCUAAGCCCGACCCAAUUUGCAGGCAGCCUCUCUGGAUUCCUCCAAGUGGCCUCUGUGCUCUGUCUGCUCCUGCUGCUGGUGAAAGCUGUCCAGUUCUACCUGCACAGGCAAUGGCUACUCAAGGCUCUCCAGCAGUUCCCAUCACCUCCCUUUCACUGGUUCUUUGGGCAUGAGCAGUUCAAAGGUGACCAAGAACUACAGGAAAUUGUGUCAUGCAUAGAGGAAUUCCCAAGUGCCUUUCCUAGAUGGUUCUGGGGGAGCAACGCCUACUUAACUGUCUAUGACCCUGACUACAUGAAAGUGAUUCUGGGGCGAUCAGGUGAGCAUGACAUGCUGUUGUGAAGAGAUAAGCACUUUCCUCUUUGUUACUUGCCCUGUCAAAUUCUGGUAGAGUAUGACCCUACACACUCUACCAUUCUCUCAGGCUACAACCUAGCAUGUGGCCAACAACACACAGUA